AUGUAUAAUGCUUUGACAAUAACAGAAAUUGCAUCACAAAGCGAUUUCAAACGAUGGUCAGCAAAACAAGUAAAAGAAUGGGCUACAAAAGAAGUUCAAGUAAGAGAAGAAUAUGCCCAGAUGCUUCUUGAUAAUGAUGUAGAUGGAGAGAGUAUCGCAGUGUUUACAGAGGCUGAUUUUGCGGUGGCUUGUUCAUUUAAAGUCUUCUUUUGUCAGCAUUACUCACCAUCCUAUUUUAAUGCAACUACAGUAACACCAAAAGAUUGGACAAAGGAAGAGGUUUUUGAAUGGGCAAAUACUCAUAAAAAUCAAGACGUAAAAGACCUUUCCGUAACUUUCAAAGAGCAAGAUAUCGAUGGAGCCAGCCUUUCAAAUCUAACGAUUGAAGUCUUGCGAUCUUUUGGCCUCACCUUUGGAAAAUCAAAUACUCUUUAUUCUGCGAUCCAGACUCUUAUUGGAAAACCUACCAUCGGCAUUUCUGCCCCAACUCCCCAAGAUCUUUUAUUGCCAAGACUCGAUAAGAUGGUGACAUUACUCUCUAAAAUGGCAAACAACAAACUUGAAAACCAAUCUCACUCUGUGUCAUAUUCUGACUAUUUUUAUGAAAUUAAAGAGAAUAUAUCAACAGGCCCUUUUUGGCUCGAAUUGACUAAAACCAAAGAGCCAAAGGGUUUUGGUAAGAACCUUUCAUCAACUGAGACCAAACUGCAUCAAGAACUCGUCAAGCAGUUCAAGCAGCUCACCAAGGAUACAUCAACACUGGAGGUGCACGACACAAGCAAGAACUUUUAUCUUUUGGAUAACCGAUCAAAGUCACAAAACCCCAAAGCACCUGACUGGUCAUUUGUGGUCAAAGGGAUGCCGAUCGAACAAGACUGGGUCCAAGUAGUUGGAGACACCAAGACGAGUGCCAACUUCGCACCAGAACACAUUGGCCAAGUCCUGAAGUAUGCAGACAUUAUCCUCAACAAUACCUGUCACAAAACCACUACUGCUUUCUUAGUCAAUGAAACAUCCAUUAUAUUUUGGAUGGUGGCAAAGGGAACAGGUGGAAACAGUUACAGGAAGUUUGGACCGCUUCCAUUCCAUUCGCGCAUUGGAGAUACUGCAUUUCGCUACAUUUAUUCUCUUCUGCACCAGCCAGUUACUUCUGGCUUCCCCGACGACGUACCACUGGAUAUCAAGAGGACAUCAAUGUUCCUAAAGGAGGGAGCUUCAUCAACAGUCUACUCUGCUAUUCAUGAAGAGAAAGAAGUGGUCCUCAAGAUUUACAAGCAAGAACAAGACAGAUUGAAAGAAUAUCAGGCACUCAAAGACAUGCCAAAUAUCCAUGGUGUCAGCUCGAUUAUUUUACAUGGAAACGAAUGGAGUCUCAUUACACCAGUUGGAGAUGUGCUUUCAUCUGAGGAAUUUACACCAAAUACAUUUGAAAAGCUUGUCCGUAUUCUUCAACAAGUUCACCAUACUACAGGUCGGGUCCAUCGUGACAUCAGAUCCCCAAAUAUCGUAAUGGCCAAUGAUGGACCUGGAGAGAGAGAGAUGGGAGUAAUAUUAACAAAAGAACAAGAAAAAGAGUAUAAGAGAAAAAGACAAACGUUGGGACCAGGAUAUCAUUUUAAUAAAUCAUUCAUGUCAAUGGAUGAUAUCAUGCAUGAUGAUGUAGUAUUUCCAAAAUCAAGAUUAAAAAAACAUAUAGUAGAUCCAAGAGAAGAAUUUCCAGGUGAUAUGGUAGAUGAAAAGAAAGCAGGAUCACUAUUUAUCAUCAAUAAACAACAACAUUUCAAUAAUUCCAUUAAAGAUUUAGAUCAAAAAUAUCAAGGAGGAGGAGGAGAAGAGAGUGGAGCAAGUGAGAUCAAAAAGACUAUAGAGAUAACUCCGGAUGAUAAUGACCAGAUUCACGAAGAUCAUUCGAGAUGGGAGGAUGAGCGACCAAUCACAUGUAGAUGGAUGGGUUGUAAACACCCCAAUUUAACAGUUUGUCUUCUCCACGAUCACAUUAAAAGUCACCUUAGCGCACUGGUCUCCAAUACAACAAGAUCACCCAAAAAGAAUAAGGUACAGUGCCAAUGGAUCAAAGAGGACCAAUCCACAUGUGGAGUAAACUUGGACAAAUCAGAGUUUGCUGUGAUAGAUCACAUAAGAGGUCUACAUUUAGAUGCAAAGGAUGGUCAACUCAGAAAAUCCACACCACUAAUCUCAUCCUCCAAUCCCAAAGACCCAUUGUCAUCCAUUUAUCUUGGUGCAUUAGGAUUUCCCCCAACUGCUGACCCUCGCCUCUAUCUUUUCAAAACGAGGGAUCCACUUUAUUAUACCUAUAUACAUGCCGCCCUAAAUGAAAAUACUCUCUUGUUUGAAUAUUUCAACCAAGUUACACAGCAAUAA